AUGGCAAAAGGCAAUCAUUCAUCGGUGACUGACUUCAUCCUCCUAGGGCUCACAGAUAAUCCGAAACUUCAAGUCAUUCUCUUUGGUGUAUUCCUACUGAUUUACUUAGUUACUGUUAUGGGUAAUCUUGCUUUAAUUGUGCUAAUCCAAAUCAGUCCUCAGCUUCACACACCAAUGUAUUUUUUCCUUAGCCAUCUGGCUUUUGUGGAUUUUUAUGGUACCUCUGCUAUCACUCCAAACACCCUUGUCAACUCUUUGCGUGAAAUUAAAAGCGUGUCAUUUUAUGCAUGUGCCAGUCAAGUGUGUUGCUUUAUCACAUUUUCAGUUUGGGAAUUAUUGUUGCUCUCUGUCAUGGCAUAUGAUCGGUAUGUUGCCAUCUGCAACCCUUUACUCUAUGUAGUUCUCAUGCCUAGGAGGCUCUGCAUUCAAAUGGUCACUAGCUCAUAUAUUUAUGGAUUCACUGUGGGACUCAUACAAGCAAUGGCCACAUUCCACAUGUCUUUUUGUGACUCUAAUGUGGUUAACCAGUUCUACUGUGAUGAUGUUCCUCUGAUUGCUCUGGCUUGUUCAGAUACACAAGUCAAGGAAUUGAUGUUGCUCGUUAUUGCUGGGCUCAAUGUCUUUUGUUCUCUUAUUGUUGUUCUCAUCUCCUAUGUUUUUAUUGUCUUUGCUAUCCUAAGGAUUCACUCUGCUGCAGGAAGACAGAAAGCCUUUUCUACCUGCGCUUCUCAUGUGUUUUCUAUUUCCAUAUAUUAUGGGACCCUCAGUUUUAUGUACCUACAGCCUAAGUCAAGCCAUGCACUAGAUAAAGACAAAUUUGCCUCAGUAUUCUAUGCAGUGGUGAUUCCCAUGCUAAAUCCAUUGAUCUAUAGCUUGAGGAAUCAAGAGGUAAAAAAUGCUAUGAAAAAGAUUAUUAAAAAGAUGUAUUCUAGUAAUCAACAGUAA